AUGCAAAACGUUGCGAUCAAAAAGGUUGUGGUCAAAAAAGGUGUAUACCCGUUGGAAGACAAAGUCAAUCGAAUCGAGAAACUGAACGUGUACUUUGACAAAUCUCAUCGGCGAGACAUGUGUACAGUUGUACUCGAGCGUGCCCGUGAAAACCUCAAUGACGUACUGGAAAAUGUCGUGAAUGCCUGCCGUCGAGCAAAAUCCCGAGAAGAAGCGAGAAAUAUCUUGAACAGCAGACUCCCGGAGCAUCGAGUCGCUAGAUAUGUAUGCUAUCUUCUUACAGGUCUCCAGGCUAUGCAUGACAGUGAGAACUUAGUGCACCGAGACAUACAGUUUGAGAAAUCUGACUUUGUCAGCCUGCAGAACAUUCUUGUAUUCGACACGAACACUGUGAAGAUAGGAGAUUUUGGAAAAACUAAGUAUCACAUUCAUGGAUGCUUCGAUGCAAAAGAACUUGAUAUAUGGUCCUUCGGGCUCGUCAUAUAUAUGCUCCUGACUAUCUCACAUCCAUUUGAAAGCAAUAAACGGGAGGAGACAAUAAGGAACAUUGUGCAAUGCGAACCAGACCUUCCGUAUAUCAAAAAGGUGCGCGGAGGCGUCUCGAACUAUGCAGAACAGUUGGUGAAAAGAACCCUAUGUAAGAAUCCCAAGGACAGAUUAACAGCAAGUCAAGCGCUGUAUUUAGCUAAGAAAUGGGAAGAACAUGCAUAG